UGCAAUGUCAUGCUCUUGGAACAGUUGUGGUUUGACAAACACAAGUCAUUGACAAUGAGCUCCCUGAGGGCAGGGAAGGCGUCUUAGUCAAUUUGGUUUUUCUCAAGUCCUGGCAAGGUGAUCUGCAGAGAGAAAAAUGUUCAAUAAUAGUUAGCGAAUAAAAGAUUUAAUCAAAUACUGGACCCUGCCCUUAUGGAACUCAAGGCUAUUAGACCAGAUAAAAUGUAAUAAAUCACCAUAAUAUAAAUUGGAUGGUGGGCAAGGUAAUCAGCAAGGGCAGGCAAAGAACUGGGGUGGUUCAGAGGCACCAGAAAUCUCUUCCUGUGGUAUAGAGUGGAGGAGGUGGCCUUUGAGCUGAGUCUUGAACCACAGAAGGUAUACAAACGAGAGAGUAAAACUAUUUAACAGGGUAGUGGGUGCACAAGUACUGAUUCAUGUACUAGAAGCUGGUUGGGACAUUCAAAUGGGGUCCUUGGGCCUCUGCUGUUCCAGGCAUUACCUCUUUAGAUAAGAGAUCAUUAGAGUCCCCAGGAAGAAGUGAGGUAGCAGAGCACCCGGAAGCUAGGGGCUAGUUCUCAACAGGGUUAGAAAUACUUCAAUAUAUUUCUCUAAUCCAUACAACGAAACUGGUACAUAUGUGCUGAAUGGUAGCCCCAGAUACGAACUUCCUGAGAUGGCCUGACUCUCUUCUGGUUUGUUGAAGCCAUAGAAACCUUAUUAGAAUGUGAGCUACAGAAAGAAAGAAAAAAAAAAAAAAAAGAAUGUGACCUACAGAACAGUAGAGGCUGUUCUCUAGUUCAAUGCUGUAUCCCUAGGGCUUAGAAUGGUCCCUGGAGAAUUGGAGGAGUCUCAAUAAAUGUUUCUCAAAUGAGUAGGCAGACUGGGAACCCCAAGUCUUGGGGUCCUUUUACUUUUCAUCUCCUUGCACCCACUCUUCCCUUCCAAUCCAUGUUGCACACUAGCCAUCAACACAACCUAGUAUGAGACUUGGAUUCUGUCAUUCUCUUGCACAAGAUAUUUGAUGCCUUUCCUUUGCACAAAAUACCACUCUCCCCGUUGUUUUUAGUAAUUGAAUUUCUACUUCUUCAAAGUCCUGAUCAAAUUUUGCCUACUCCUGUAUUACUUUCUGAGGCAAAAUUGAUCUCUCUCCCCUGAAUAUUGUGAUAGUGUUUGCCCUCACUCACUAGACAGUGAGCUCCUUAGGACAGGGACUGUGUUUUAUUCAUUUCUGUACCUUUAGUCCAUAGGCCAGUGCUGGACAUAGUGGAUGCUAAAUAAUUGUUAAAUAUAAGAGUGACACUAGAUGAACAAAGGUGGUCAAAAGUCUGGGGGGCGGGGUGAAAAUGAAUAGUUUAAUUUGAAUGGAGUAUGAGGGAGAGUAGUAGGAGAUAAAAUGGAAAGGCUUCUUGGGUAAGAUUUUGAAGGGACUUGGAAGUCAACUAGAAGAAGAAGGUGGACAGAUGGAAGCCAAUGAAGGUUUUUUGAGCAGAGGUGUAAUAUGAUAAAUAAAUUUAGUUUAAGCCCAUCAGAGUCCCUCUCCUACAUAUAUUCAGUUUUCCAUUUAUAUUCAGAUUAGCCUCCCACCUGCCUAUCUGUCCACGCACCCCAGGCCUCCCCAGCAGUUUGUCCUACCCCUUUACCUGCUCCUUGUCUGGGCCAGGGAGAUAUACAUGGGCUGCUUCCCCUCUUAGCCAGAAGCUGUGGGGGCCCCAGCUCCCUGUCUUUCCCCCUCUCUGCCUGGGGCUGGGAAGCAGGCCAGGGUUAGCUGAGGCUGGCUGGUGAGCAGCUGGGCGGUGCCAGGGGGAGCCUGUGCCAGGUGGUGCCUUGGGUUCCAGGCUGAGCCUGUGACCCCGAUAACCUCCUGCCUGUGCACAUACCUGCCCCUCACUCCACCCCCACCCAGGCUUUGGUAUCGGGGAAGGGGCAUAGGGCCAGGCAGACCCACGGGACUUUGGCUCCAUCUCUACAAAAGGGCCCUCUGUGAGUCAGCCUGCUCCCCUCCAGGCUUGCUCCUCCCCCACCCAGCUCCUGUUUCCGAUGCACGUACAGCCCGUACACACUGUGUCUGGGACACCCCACAGUCAGCCGCAUGGCUCCCCUGUGCCCUAGUCCCUGGCUCCCUCUGUGGAUCCCGGCCCCUUCCCAGGGCCCUGCUGUGCAACUGCUGCUGUUACUGCUGCUCCUGGUGCCUGCCCAUCCCCAGAGCCUGCCCCGGAUGCAGGGGGCACCUGGGUUGGGAGGAGAUUCAUCUGGGGAAGAUGAUCAACUGGAUGGGGAGAACCCACCCAGUGAAGAGGAUCCACCUGGAGAGGAGGAUCCACCUGGAGAGGGGGACCCACCUGGAGAGGACCCAUCUGGAAUGAAGACUGAACCAGGAGAAGAGGACUCUCUGAAGUUAGAGGAUCUACCUACUGUUGAGGUACCCAAGGAUACUCAAGGCUCCCAGAAUAAUGCCCACAGGCACAACAAAGGAGAUGACCACAGUCAUUGGCGCUAUGGAGCCGACCCGCCCUGGCCCCAGGUGUCCCCAGCCUGCGCAGGCCGCUUCCAAUCACCGGUAGAUAUCCGCCCGGAGCUCGCCGCAUUUUGCCCCGCCCUGCAACUCCUGGAACUCCGAGGCUUUGAGCUCCCGCCUCUCCCAGAACUGCGCCUGCGCAACAAUGGCCACACAGUGCAACUGACCCUGCCUCCGGGGCUGGAAAUGGCUCUGGGUCCCGGGCGGGAGUACCGGGCCCUGCAGUUGCAUCUGCACUGGGGGGCUGCGGGUCGCCCGGGCUCGGAGCACACGGUUGACGGCCACCGUUUCCCUGCCGAGAUCCACGUGGUUCACCUCAGCACUGCAUUUGCCAAAGUUGAUGAGGCCUUGGGGCGCCCGGGGGGACUAGCCGUGCUGGCCGCCUUUCUGCAGGAGGGCCCAGAAGAAAACAGCGCCUAUGAGCAGUUGCUGUCACAUUUGGAAGAAAUUGCUGAGGAAGACUCAGAGACUUGGGUCCCAGGACUGGAUGUAUCUGCACUGCUGCCCUCUGACCUCAGCCGCUACUUCCGCUAUGAGGGGUCUCUAACCACACCCCCCUGUGCCCAGGGGGUCAUCUGGACUGUGUUCAACCAGACAGUGAGGCUGAGUGCUAAGCAGCUCCAUACCCUCUCUGCCUCCCUGUGGGGACCUGAUGAUGCUCGGCUACAGAUGAACUUCCGAGAGACGCAGCCGUUGAAUGGGCGAAUGAUCGAGGCCUCCUUCCCGGCUGGAGUGGAGAGCAGCCCCAGGACCGUUGAGCCAGUCCACCAGAAUCCCUGCCUUGCUGCUGGUGACAUCCUGGCCUUGGUUUUUGGCCUCCUCUUUGCCGUCACCUGCAUCGCCUUCCUUGUGCAAAUGAGAAGGCAGCAGAGACUCCGAAGUGGGACCAAAGGGAAUGUUAGCUACCACCCAGCAGAGGUCACCGAGACUGUUGCCUAGAGUCCUUGGAACUUGGAGAAUGUGCAGAGAAGCCAGCCAGAAGAAUCUGAAGGGGAGCUGGAGACUGUCCUGUCCUACCCUUUACAUCACUUCCUUUUUAAGGUCCAAAUAUUAUUUUAAAUAAAAGUUUCUAAUAAAAUAUAUGGAAGGCAGCUUUGUUCUCUAAA